CAACCCGCAUGCAGUCGUCCGGGAUCCCAGCGCGACCUCGGCACGGCCCGUCAACAAACGCAGAGCGGAGCCAUGGCGCCCUUGCCGCUGCCCCUGUCGCCCCUGCUGAGACACGCGGAGGGGCUGCAGGCUCUUUUCUCUAAAGUCUUCCGGGGCUUUCCGCGGAGUUUCGGAGCGGCGGUGCAGCCCGGAGCCGGUCAGCUGCUGUCCGGACAGCGGGGCGCGCAGUGCGCAGCAUCUGUAUGCAGCAGCUCGUCGGCCGGUCCGGACAUAACCCAGCGGCUGUGGGCUCUGUACCAUGACACCAAGAGGCAGGCCGGAGUGAUAUCCGGCAACUCUGUCAAUCCAGACACCAUUUUCGCCAACAACGAGAUGAGCCUGCGAGACAUCGAGAUCUACGGCUUCGACUACGACUACACCCUGGCCUUCUACUCCAGACAUCUGCACACCCUCAUCUUCAACAUAGCGCGGGACAUCCUCAUCACCAAACACCGGUAUCCAGAAGGCCUGCGGAAGUACGAGUAUAUUCCAGAUUUUGCUGUCAGGGGACUUCACUAUGACGUCCAGAAGGCCCUGCUGAUGAAGAUUGACGCGUUUCAUUAUAUCCAGCUGGGAACUGUAUACAGGGGUCUUCACCCAGUCCCUGAUGAGGAAGUGAUCGCCAUGUACGAAGGCUGCCACAUACCGCUGGAGAUCAUGAGUGACUUCUAUGGAAAGAGCUCACACGGACUCAGCAUGAAACAGUUCAUGGACAUCUUCUCUCUGCCUGAGAUGACUCUGCUGUCGUGUGUCAACGACUUCUUCAUGAAGCACAACAUCGACUACGAGCCGGUCCAUCUCUACAAAGACGUGAAGGAAGCCAUUAGAGACGUUCACGUCAAGGGCAUCAUGUAUCGAGCUGUGGAGGCCGAUAUCGAGAAAUAUAUUUGCUACGGCGAGCAAAGCCACGCCGUGCUGAAGAAGCUGUCGGCGCUCGGAAAAAAGAUGUUCCUCAUUACCAACAGCCCCUUUGACUUUGUGAACCGAGGAAUGAGCUACAUUGUGGGAGAGGACUGGAGAGACCUGUUCGACGUUGUUAUUGUUCAGGCUGAUAAGCCCGGCUUCUUCAAUGACAGGAGGAAACCUUUCAGGCGAGUGACAGACAAAGGCGCUCUGCUGUGGGACCGAAUCCACCGGCUGGACAAAGGCCAGAUCUACAAACAGGGAAACCUCUAUGAGUUUCUCAGACUCACCGGCUGGAGGGGAUCCAAAGUGCUCUACUUUGGAGAUCACAUCUACAGUGACUUGGCAGAUCUAACCCUGAAACAUGGCUGGAGGACGGGCGCCAUCAUCCCCGAGCUGAGGAAGGAGAUCAAGAUCAUGAACACAGAGGAGUACGUUCAGAUGAUGACGUGGCUGCAGGCUUUGUCCGGACUCAUCGAGCAGAUGCAGGUACACAGAGACCCGGCAUCGGAGGCUGUAGUGGAUGAGUGGAUCAAAGAAAGAGAAGCCAUGAGGCCGCAGACGAAAAACUUCUUCAACGCACAGUUUGGGAGCCUCUUCCGGACGUACCACAACCCCACCUACUUCUCACGCCGACUCUCGCGCUUCGCAGACAUCUACAUGGCCUCCAUCAGCUGCCUGCUCAACUACGACCUGCAGCACACCUUCUUCCCGCGACGCACGCCGCUGCAGCACGAGUCCCCCUUCUGGCCCGAGCACAGCUCCGCCGCCGUCUCCUCUGCAGCGCCGCAGGACCAGAGCAGAGUCUGAACCCGCCGUCCUGAUGGAAAGACUUGAACCGAGCCGUCUCUGUUGCUGACUCGCUUUUUUUUGUUUUGUUUUGUUUUGUUUAAUAGUUUAAGGAUACGGUAUUUUGAUUGGAGAUCAUGCAUGCAGCUGUUUGAUCUGUUUCGUACCUGCUUCUUGUGCUUUAUUCAAUUUGCGGUCCUAACUGCUACGCACAGCGGUUUGCUACAUGCGAACAUGCAGGUCGUUCAAACCCUUUCUGUGUUUGAGCGAGAAAGAGGAGCAGUGAAGUUCAACAGCUUGAAUGGUUUUUAUACAACCUCGUCAACAGGGGGCAGUCACACUCCACCCUUUCAUCUGUUUCUGUAUUCUGAAUUUGCACGGAUUAUCUUUGCCUCUUGGAUCUUUGCAUCUGUUGGUGGAGAUUUCACAUUUACAUUACUGACUCUGUUGCCUUAAUCUCUUGCUCACGUUAGCGCAAUGUUGAUAUUUUUGUAAGAGCCAGAUAUAAAAUAUGGUAAUGAAUCUUUGUCAAAUUUAGCCACCGAGCCUCUUGGUUAAUGUCAUUACGCGCAGCACAUUGUGACACACGUUGCACUUUGAUGUCUGGAAGUCUGUGUAAUGGUUUUAGUCAUUUUUUUUUUUUACGCCACGCAGCCCGUGCGUGUCUAUUUUAGCCGAUGAGAAAUGUGAAUGUUUCUCUGGACAAAAAAUAGAGCAUCUUUGCUAUAUUUAGCAUAAAUGUUGCCGUUUGAUCUGCGAGGGGAAUCAGCUUUGAGCUUCUUGGGUUUGACACUUUCGCAGGGAAAGUGGUGAGAUGUUUUCACACGCGCUCGAAUUUUGACUGACUUGUGAAAGCUUUAUUUGCAGAACAGAGCUGGAACCUUCUGAGGUUUUUAUGAAUUUGUAAAAGGGAAUAUGAAUAAGGGAAACAACAGUUCCCACAAACAGGACCUCAUAGUACUUUAUAUUUGUGCAUUUUGCUGUCUUUGGUUUCUUUUAGUUUUCUUUUCUUUUCUUUUGGUUGAAAGUAUGUGAUGGUGGGAUGUAUUUUUACAUUUUAUUUCACUAUUUAUUAAAAAGGAAAUGUCUUGAUUCAA